CUCUCCUCAGCCCCGGAGCUGCUCGGCCCCUGCCCGCACACCGGCCGGCAGUGUCGGUCUGCCGGAGCUGGCAGGGCGGCCCCGCUGUAGGGCACGUCUGAAGAAGACAGCUGUUGCGUUUUUAACGCGCGCAGGGUGAAAAAAACAGGCUUCUCCGUCGUAAAAACUUCGUUUUGCAGUCAAAGGUUAACAACCAGGCUCGUAGCACACAAAGCAAGCGUAAAACAAGGAGUUUUAUACUUCAAAGCAAUGCACGUCUACUUACAUCGCUUUAUUAUGUAUUAUGACCAGAAAGCUUCUGUGUGAAGUCCUUUAUUGCUGUUGCAAUGAAGUUUAUGGAUUGAUUGCAGCUACAACAUUUAACGUGUGCCAAAUAUUUGUAAAACUAAGGUCAACAUUUUAUAAAUGUAAUUUGAUACAUUCUGUAUAUGUCUUUUUGUUUUUAUUUGUAUCAACUUUAAUAAUGAUGGUAGGUGUGGAUUCAGCUGUCAUUUGUGUUGCAUGAAAAGUGGUUCAAUUAUGUUGCUUUAGCAUCGUACAAAAUUUUAUUAUGAGUAUUAUGACUGAAAAACUUCUUUGUAAAGCCUUUAUCCGUAUCGCAUUGAAGCUUAUGGAUUGCUCACAGCUACAAAAUUCAUAUGUUGAAUACCUGUACAGUUAAGGUUAAUGCUUAUGCAGAAGGUAUCAAAUUGCACUUAGGUCUUGCUGAUAUGUUAUCAAAUCCAAUAAUAGUGGUGAUAGCUGUGGACUCAACCUAUAGUUUGUGUUGCAUGUAGAAGAGAAAUUAAAUUGGCUUUAAUGUCACCAUACAUAUCCCAUCCAAAGAUGUUGGAGGUGAUGAAAAAAGCAGACAUGAUCAAUAAAAACAUGGUUCACCAGGUCCAGGCAGAGAGGGAUGCAUUAGCUCUUAGUAAAAGUCCUUUUGUUGUGCACUUAUAUUACUCGCUUCAGUCAGCUAAUAAUGUUUAUUUGGUGAUGGAGUACCUUAUUGGUGGAGAUGUCAAAUCUCUUCUCCAUAUCUAUGGAUAUUUUGAUGAAGAAAUGGCUGUGAAGUAUAUUUCUGAAGCAGCGUUGGCUCUUGACUAUCUUCACAGACAUGGGAUAAUCCACAGGGAUCUGAAGCCAGACAAUAUGCUCAUUUCUAAUGAGGGCCACAUAAAGCUGACAGAUUUUGGGCUUUCCAGAGUUACUCUGAACAGAGAGAUAAACAUGAUAGAUAUCCUUACUACACCAUCAAUGGCAAAGCCAAAACAUGACUACUCACGUACUCCAGGACAACUGUUGUCUCUUAUCAGCUCUCUGGGUUUUUAUACUCCUGUUGGAAUGAAAAUGCCAAUCAAUCCCAAUUCAAGUAUUGCAUCUGACAGUCCACAUGGAGUGGAUUCUCCCCUGUCUAUGGCAGAAAAGGAAAAUACCCCUCUUUCAGCUAAACUGUUCAAAACAGGUCUUGAUACUUCUCCAUUAACUCCUGUGAUGCCAGUGAGAAGUUUAACUCCUGCUCUGCUGCAGUCAAGAAAAAGGUUUGGUACCUCCAGUGCCAGUAGUCAGUCCCACACAUACUUGUCAAGUGUGGAAUCAGAAUGCUACAGCAGCCCCAGGUGGGAGAGAGGUGUAGAGCAAACUGAAGAUGAACUACUUUCUACAAAAGGCAAAACAAGUGCCAGCGAGUCAGAUCUCCUUUCUAAUAUAGAAUUGCUGAAUAGCAAAGAUACUAAAAUUCUUAAGAAAAAAGAAUUGGAGUCUGCUAUUUCUCCCAUCAGCAGCAAUGAUUCUGGCAGCAGGCAGAAGCUGGGAACUGAGCAUUCUGAUAUAACAGAUACUCCUGUGACCACACUGGAUGUGAAAGGCGUAGUAAGAAAAUGUCUUUGUGAAAACAAGAGUUGGGAAGAAAAACUCAUUGCAAGUAGAAGAGAGAUGACUAAUGAAGCUGCAGAAGAAACUUCCAAUUACCAACAGUCACCUUUGUGCCUGAAUGAUCGUAUCAAACCUAUCAAAGAAGAAGAAAUUUUUGAAAAACCAGGUGUGAAAAGAAGCUUUGAACUAGUUGACACUAGUCCUUGUCAGGAGCUUAACUACAUUAAGAAAAGCAAUGCAGAAUAUAAACGUGGCUGUCAGAUCUUCGAAUUUCCAGCAAACAAAAGGACAGGUCUGACAACAGAAAUUGAAUCCUUAAUGCUCGGUGAUGAUGGGUGCCUGCAGGAGACCUGCAAAAGCAAGGAAGAAAUUAAUCGUUUCAUUGUCAGGCAGCAAAGAGUAGAAAAAUCAGUCAGUCCAAAUAUAGCCAAAAAUCUUAUGUGUGAUCUGGAUGCAAAUCAUGAAAAUGAUAAAAAGGAGUACAUGAACUCAAGUUUUUUGUGCGCUGAUGAUGAAAAACCUUUAGGAAUCCUGAGUGCAGAUUCUGAUUUAUCCCUUCCUGAAAUGUCUGUUACAGAAAGCCAUUUGGAAAAACAGCUUUUAGAUUUGGAUAAAAGUGUUAAAGAUCUCUCCUUUGAGGAACCAAAAGCAGAAGGCAUGCUAAUAACAUCACCUAGCUCCCAAGGUGCUUCAGAAAAUGGAGAGAAAGCAGAUACUGUCCAGGACUGCAAGGUGUUACAUCUUGAACAGGAUAAUCACCAAAAACACACUGAAGAAACCUACCCUGACACAUUAUUUUCUCCUUCAGAAAAGACGAUGAAAACUCUGAAUCUCUUCAAAAAAAAUGCUGUUGUUUUUCGAAGUUACAAUAGUCCAAUUAAUAUCUCCAAUGUGUCUGAGCCCUGUAGCAUGGCUUCCUUAGACAUAAUGGAUCUUUCACCAGCUUGUAGUGGCUCCUAUCCAACAGCUAUUACGCCGCUGCAGAAAGGAAGACCAUACAGAGUCUAUCAGACACCUCUUCAGGGGGAUGCUGGCACGCCAUUUAGGACCCCAAAGAGUGUGAGAAGAGGAGCUGCCCCGGUAGAAGGUGAACGCAUCCUGGGGACCCCAGACUACUUGGCACCUGAGCUGCUUUUGACAAAGCCUCAUGGGACUCUGAUCUCUGGUGCUGCUGUAGACUGGUGGGCUCUUGGAGUUUGUCUGUUUGAGUUUCUGACUGGAAUUCCACCUUUUAAUGAUGAAACACCAACACAAGUCUUCCAAAACAUUUUGAAAAGAGAUAUUCCCUGGCCAGAGGGUGAAGAAAAAUUGUCUGAUAAUGCCCAAAAUGCAAUAGAUAUUCUUCUAACAAUUGAUAGUGCUAAGAGAGCUGGACUGAAGGAACUGAAACCUCAUCCCCUCUUUCAUGGAGUAGACUGGGAUAAUCUACAGAAUCAGACGAUGCCGUUCAUCCCUCAGCCCAAUGAUGAAACUGAUACCUCGUACUUUGAGGCUAGGAAUAACGCUCAGCACCUGACUGUGUCUGGAUUUAGCCUAUAGCACCAAGAUAAGUGAACUCUCCGUGUUAUUUGCACACUUUCAGAUUGUUCCAUAACACUAGUAUGUUCUUAACCAAGUGUCCUUGACAAAUUUAGAGUGUUUUAAGUUACCAGUCUGCUUUUAUUAUUGUAUUCUGAAGUGAAACUACUGUAUGAAACUUAGCUGCCGCCUUGCUACUUCUUAUGUCACUGCACCUUACUGAGAGGCCGGAGUGUUGUAUUUUUUAGGGGUAGUAACACUUGCCUUGGCAAAAGUGGGGGCUUUUUUUAUAGCGAUGAGUAAUUCUGACUAGGAUGUGGGAAGUUAUUUUACAGUAACAGGGGAAGGACAUAAAUUUAUGCUAAUUGCAUCUAAAUGUAACUUACCUGUUGGUGGUUCACUGUACUGACUGCUUGGGACUAGUCUUUUGACCACUGUGCAAAACUGAUGUUUCUGUUCACAGUGGACAGCAGAAACCUUACUGCAGCAUUGAAAUAUCUUAUUUCUGUUUGCCUUACCUCCAGAAGGGUUAAGACUGCGUUGAUCAAAGUUAACUCAGCCUUAUAUACAUGGCAUGUGUAGUGUAGUAAAGAUUGACGGCAGUUCUGCUGGUAAUUAUCCUUCCCUGGACAAAUGGUGUAGGGGAAGUCGAGUUGAGCCCAUUCUGUUAGGCAAAUGCAGUUAAAGUUGUUGCCUUGUAACCGCUGAUGCUAUAGGAAGAUGGACAGAACGGCCUACAUUUUAGCAAUUACUUGUUUUAAAUAGAAAAUGCUGAGUGUUUGGGCAUGUCAGAUGACAGAAAACAAAACACACUUGAGUGUUGGCCAACAAGUGAAGUAUUACUCAUACUGAAGCUGCUGUAUGUUAAAGACUAUAAUGUGUUGCAAAUUAACAGACUGUUUUGUAAACUCUCAACCGGAUCUGAGAUUUCACAAGAAUUUGAGUUACAAAUGUAUAUUCAGUAUUGUAUAUUCUAAUUAGAGGGAAGCUUAUUUAAAUAUAUUCUUAAAAUGUAACACAGUUUGCAUUUCCGAAAUCUUAAAGGUUUGUGUGGAGGUAAUUCUGUUUAAAUUAUCUUCUUUAAUAUUUUUCUUGCGUAGGUAUUGCUUUCUCAGAUAACGUCCUGCAGAUUUAUUUUUCAGGUUUGUAGUUCUUAAAUUAAGAUCAGUGGUGCCAGCCAGUGGCCAUAUGCUAGAAGCCAGGCAUUUUGCAAACUUUUGCUAAGUGACUUCUGAAUUUCCUGAGUUGACCCUUCAUGCAGGUGAAUUAAGUUGUCUCUUCACUGCCCUGAUUCUUGUAAGACAAGAUUUAGCGAGCAGUGUUUUCUCAGAACUCCAUCAUCAGGCUUCCUGCUUUCUUUUCCGAUAGCUUGGGAAAGGCAUGGGGCUGGCAGGGGGAGUGGAGUUCUCCAAAAUACCUAAGGAGCUAAUUCUUAAUGGCUCAGUGUUUAUCAUGCCUAGAGCUGGUGCUUUGCGUAGUGAAAUAGAAUCGUGGAAGGCUGUGUACAACAUAUAGUGACUCUCACUCUCUUCGUGACAGACGUAAGUUUCUGAAGACUCUUAAAUUGUUGAAUCUUACUGAAAGUGAUGCUACAUGAAAAUGUGCGAGGAAUUCAAUGCAAUACAUUACUGUAGCAGGAUCCAUAGAUGACAUUCUUCGAAUGAUCAGAAGUUCAUUAGCUUGCCAUUUUACUGAAAACACAAGUUUUUCCUGUGUAUAGUUGGAAUACAUACAUCCUUAAAAAUGAAAAAGAAAUAUCCUUAUUUAAAUAAUUACUAUGCAAUUUAUGUGGUGUGUGGGUUUGUUGUUUUUUCAGUUUAGUUUUCUUAAACCAGUCUUACAGGAAUGAAUGUCAGUUUCAUGCUGAGAAAAAUACUCCCUAAAACUGUGGGAAUUAUGCAAAUUGAGCACCACAAGUGUUAUUCAGACCCUUACAAAUGGUUACAGACUGUUCCCAUUUUUCAGUAUAGUGCGUAUAUAGUGCAUACCUACAGGGAGUAGUUACAGUGGUAUGACAUCUUAAAGAUAAAUAGCCUCUAACUCCUUGAAAUAAUUGUUAAUCAGCUGCAGAAGUCAAGUAAGCUUCUAUCUAAACUUUUCCUAACCAACUGCCAGGAGUUACAGAGCCACCCAGAAGUCAGACUAAGUAAUCUAAUGCAAAUGUAACUAUGCAGAGCACCAGAACACUGUGCAUAAAGAGCUGUAUUGACUUACCCGUUUGCUCUUAACCUCAAACCUUCUAAAAUAAAAUUAUGGUUCUUCUACCGUAGUUUUAUAAUGCAAUACAAACCCAUAAAUCCUGUAGACCAUAAAUAAGCCAGCUGACGAAUCAGCAUGUUUAAUGUUAGAUAGUUGUAAAUGCAGCAUAUGUCCGCUGCUGUCUUCACCUGUUAAACUGUGUACAAUUAGCACUGAAGGUUACUAAUUCCCCAUUCUCUUUGAUAUCUUGUAUUCACCCUGUUCAUAGCAAACUUGGGAGUUGAAUAUUAUAUUUGUGGUGGGGUUUUUUGCUUUAUAAAAAGGUGUAUCCUAGAUGUGUUCUUCAUGCGUCAUCUCAGAGAACCUCCUUGUUAACCCUUAAUGCCACUUUUUUCCCCACACUUGCUGCUUGACUUUUAAAAUAGUCCAGGAAAAAUAUGAAGAGUUGUAAUCAAAUGUAGCUGAAAGUGCUUUAAAGCUUCUUCCCAUUAGUAAUCAAUUACAACUAUUUGCGUAAGCUGGAACAAAAUUUUGGCCCCUAGAAGCUCUGGCCUAUCGCUUGUAACAGCUGGAGUGUUUGACCUGGUGUCAUGGAAGGACAUACAAACUGUAGCAUCCAGGAUAUCCCGGAGGACAGUUGACCUGCUGUUACACAGCUGGAGAAGUAUUAAUUCCUGAUCUUUACAGUUUUUACCACAGAAAUAGCACUCUUGGACAAUUAUUACCACUAACUUGCUGUUAGGCUUGCCUGAACACUGCACAAGUUUUGGAUGCCCAAGCACUGAAAUGCCGAUAUGUUCCCGAGCUGGUAAGCUUCUGUUCCAGCAUGCUCAGGUUUCACGUUUGGUUACUCUUCUAGUAAACUAUUUUUUUCUGUCUACAGAAAUUUUGAAAAAAAUACUUUGCACAGGUUUGUGUGUGUGUGUGUAUGUAUAUAAAAUAAUAAAAUACUGCAGUUCUGCUGUUGCCUA